CAAGCUAUACUGAUGUUCUAAAAAAGGAACUAUUUGAUACAUGUGCCGGUGUCACCCUUCCUUAUAGAGGGCAACGCGUUUAUUAUUUUCCACAAGGUCACAUAGAACAGCUUGGAGGUCCAAUGGAUGUGGGGAAAGAGCUUCUGUUUGAACUUCCGCCUAAAAUUCUUUGUGAAGUGAACAAUGUUAAGUAUAUGGCUGAACGUGAAACGGACCAAAUUUCUGUGGAAAUAACAUUGUUUCCUCUAACAGCUCAAGGAGAGGUCCCCAGCCCAAAUCCUCAAUUUUUGGCUACUGAAAUGUCUGCAGUUCGUUCCUUUUGUAGAACACUUACUGCUUCAGACAUAAGCAAACAUGGUACUUUAUUUAUUAACAUGUGUGAUGCGAAGAACUUUCUACCUCCAUUGGUUAGCAUCUAAUCUUUAACUAUCGAUCUCAUUCUUUUCCAGUACAGGAUAAUUACCUAUGUACAUGUUAACCAUGUUUUUGUUUUCUUUCCUUCUCAGGAAAUGUCACAAGGGGUACAUGGUUGGGAUUUGGAGGAACCUCAUCAGUACUUGGUUGCAACUGAUCUACAAGGAAAAGAUUGGCGCUUCAAACAUGUUUUCAAGGGGGUGGAAGGAAUUUGCCAAGUCAAAAAAACUAGCAAUAGGUGAUGUGUUAGUCUUCUUAAGGGGAGAAUCAGGAGACCUUCUGGUUGGAUUAAAGAAGCUUAUGAAGCAAGACACAGAUUGCAAACUUCCUGUUAUAUCUUCAGAAAACAUGUGUAUUGGUGUUCUGGCUGGUGCUCAUUCGGCCAUUAACUAUGGAACUAGAUUUUCUUUCAUCUACAAGCCUAGGCCAAAAAAGUGCGAGUUCAUGGUAGAUGUCAACAAGUACCUUAAAGCUCAAAAUUACAACUUAUCAAUCGGGACAAGGUUUUCAAUGAAAUUUGAGGCUGAGGAAGUUAUGGAACAAAGCUUCACUGGCAGUAUUGUUGGUUUUCAUGAUAAUGCAUCAUCAAGAUGGGCUGGUUCUGAGUGGAGAUAUAUAAAGGUUCAAUGGGAUAAACCUUCAACAUUCUUUCCAGAAAGAGUGUCACCAUGGGAAUUGGAACUGAGUUCAAACUCUCAAAUGAGCCAAAGGAGCAAACGAGCACAACCAAAUAAUACUGUUGAUUUUACUCAGUACGUUCCCUGCCAAAGGCGUAAGACAGACAGACAACUUAAGGAGAGUUGUUCUCAUGUUUACGAGAAAGAGUCUAACUAUGGGGUUGAAGGAAAGGAUUAUGUUGAUGCUAGCGAAGCUAACAAGGAGGGGGAGAUUCAGGUGAGCGAAAGUGAUAUUGUUAGUUUGCAAAAAAGCAGUGAUCCAGCUGAAACAAAUAUAUGUGACGAUAUCGAAUGUCUCUUUAGAGAGAGUGAUUACAUCGAUGCAUGUGAGUUUCCGUGGGCGGAAAGUCCACCUAGUUUGCAUCAUGAAGCCAUAGCUCUUCCUUCCACCGAGUUUGAAAAUUUGCCUCUGGCUGCUCGAACACCUACUUCUUCUCUUGGUGUUUUGCAUAGUGAGUGUGCAUUUCUCCCUUCAUGUAAAACUAAUGGUAUCCUUCCAACCGAGUGUGAAAAUUCAUUGCGGCUGCUGCCUCAAGUUGCAAGCACAUCUCAUGGAGACAUGACUGAAACUUCCUACAUGCAUUGUUUCAAAAGAGAUUUUCAUGGUUUUCAGGUGUGGCACCAUCUCAUCCCUUACCUGGGGUGGUUCUCUGUCAAAAUGGGUGACUUUUGGAAUGAUGCCCGGAUACAAAGAGCAGAUACUGUAUCAUCUGUGUUGAAUGGACUUGGAGAGGCAUUGUGUCUCAAGGAUAGAAACUGGGAAUCAUUGAACAGAGAUGAAUUAGAGAAGCUAAUAAAUGGGAUCAAUGAUUCUUUAAUUGCUGGUUUCAAGCUGGAUUGCCUGAAACCUAUUGCAUUAAAAGCUGAGGGAGUGUUGAAAGCAAGGGAGCAGUGUGAUUCUUUGCAGAGUCGAAGGUCUUCUCUAGAAUCUCAACUUCGAGAGUUAGAUUCUGAACGCCAGAAUGUAGUGGGUGAGCUGCAAAAUGUUCGUCAAGGGCUUAGAUCUCUCACUGAAGGAUUUGUUUAUGAGUCUAUGCUUUAAAUGUUUAGCUUCUAGAUUUGAAUUUUUAUUUGAUUGAUGUAAUGUGGUUUAAUGGAUGGUGUAGGCCAAAAUGAAUUCAGAUUCGGACCAGUUUUACCCCACACUUGAUCAAGAAUUUAAUUUAAUGUUUGGAAUUGAUGACUCC